AUGACCGCUGCGGCGCCCGCGGACAAGGAGGGCCCGCUGGCGAACUUAGGGGGCGUGGCGACCCUGGCGCGCAGCGACCUGCAGGCUGCGGAGAGCGUGUGGGCGACGCCGAGUGACUUGAGGCAUUGCUUGUAUGGGGUCACGAUCACCACGGCGUCUGGGCUGCUGGUCCUGGCGUGCUCGCUGUAUCUGCAGGACGCCCUGGGGCCCCAGGGCAUCAACCUCGACAUCUUCGCGGCCUUCGGCGACCCAGUGCUGUCCGAGGGCAGGCCCUGGCUCGCGCAGGGCGGCUUCAACAUGGAGCCUGGCACGCUGCACGAGUUGGGCUGGCCUCGUGUGCAGCGCGGCACGUACUUGGGGCCUGCUGAGUGCACAUGCGUGGCCCAAGGGGCGGAGCAUGUGUACAACUGGUUCGUGGGCUCCUCUUGCCUGGCCCAUGGCGUCAUGGAGGCCUCGGCUCUGGAUGGCCUUGGGCUGUGCCCGCACAAGCCUGUGUGGAUGCUGCUGCAGGACGUGAGGCCCGACGCCAUGGUGCAGGUACUUGUGCGUCCUGGUCGUUUUCCUGGUGUCGACACUGUUGGGUGCGAUGUGACGCUGCUGGUUUUCUACCAGAGACCGCGGCCCGUUUCCGUCGUGGGCCUGGCCACCGAGUCGUUCUGCACCAACGGGACAGUUCGGGCGGGGAGUGCGUGCGCCACCUUUGUGGCCAGGCUGCCAGGGCUGGCAGCCCUCCGCACCGCCUCAGCGGGCGGCAGGCCGCUGGUGGGCACUCGCACCGUCGUCGGCGACAUCGCGAUGCAGGCCGUGGGCACGGUGCAGCUGGUGGCUGCACGGCUCGGCCGCGUUGGGCUGGAAGUGGAGAGGAAGUGCAUGAGGGACGAGUUCGAGCUGCAGGAGCGCUUCGCCGAGCUCGCAGGAGCGCUCCCCAUGGGCGCGGAGCGAGGGCUGUGCAAGCGCUGUGCCGAGCUCAGGAGGAGGCGCAACCUGGAUCUUACAGCCCUCACGGUUGGCCACGCAGCCCAGAUGAUGGCGGAGCUGCUGCAGACAGGCGAACUGCCGCCCAGGAUGAUGGAGCGGGGGCUGGAGCGGUGCAUGGUCACGGGCUCUGGCGAUGAGCUCGACCUCGCGCACCUCGGGUCUCGGGAGCUGGGCUUGGAGGCUGGCCUUGGCGCUCGCUUUGCAUCCGCCCGUCGCGUGACGCGGAAGCUCAGCCACGACGCCCGCCUGCAGCGGCCACUGCGCUGGGACGACAUCGGACGCCAGCUCGGGCUAGACGGCGGGCCCAGAGUGAGGGAAAAGAACGUGCUCGGGGCCUGCAUCACCAACACGCACUGGACGCAGGCCAUGCUCUUCGAGGCAUGUGAACAAGGACAUGCGCGCUGCGGCUGCUGCGGAGCAGAGAGAGACACCUUGGGGCACCGCCUGUUCGGCUGCCCUGUGCUCGAGGCCCAGCGGCGCGACGGAGUUUCGGCACGGCCGGAGCAGGGUGCAGAACGAGCGCGUGCCCUAGGCGGGCGCGCAGUCGACAACUUCGGCCGCUGCUGGCUGCCCACACCAGGGCCACCGCAGGGUCACCGCAACGGCGCCAUGUGGGUGCAAUGCGUCGGCAGGCCAGCUGGUAAGCUCAGCGGCAAGCUGUACCUCGAUGGCUCGGUGCUCGAGCCGCAGUUCGGCGCCUUCCGCUGUGAGGGCUGGGCCUUUUGCGCAGUGCGACGACGACGGCAACCUGGAGGCAGGGUCUACCGCACCGUCUGGCGCGACCGCUGCCCGCAGCAGACAGCCAAGGACGGCGAGGACCUUGCAGCCUGGAUGCGGCCACGCUCGGAGAGUGGCCGCUCUACAGGCAGCAGCUCGGCUGCCCUCUCGGCCAGUGCAGUCGCCUUCAGCAUCCUGGGACAUGCCCUGUCCUACGCCUGCGCUGGGGGAGGGGAGGACACCCAGGAGCUCCUGGCAUGCUCCAAGUGCGGCGCCUACAUGACGCUGGGCGGCCGCUCAGGGGUUAGGCCUCGCCUUAAGGAGCGCUGCCCAGGUGACAAGACCGACAAGGGCGGCAGGAACCAGCGCAGCCUGUGGCAACGAGGACUCCAUCCUGGAGGCAGGAGGCAGGAGGGGUCGCGGACUGCCAGGCACAGAGUGAAAGGAGAGGGCAUCCCAGCGCUGCGCUCGCAGGUCCAGUGCCUGAGCAAGCACAGGAGCGGUACCUGGAGCGGCUUGGCACUGCAGCGGAGCCAGCUGCAGACUCUGCGGCCACUGCGAGCAGUACAGGCAACGCCCCAGCGGCGGCAGCGGUGCCGCAAGUGGCCGCGGGCCCUGGUGGAGCCCCAGCGAAUGCGGCAGCCGCUGCGGCCGCUGCCAGCCUGCCUCUGCGGCGCCCAGCCGCAGCGAGAGCAGGGCGACUCGGGGCGCGCGGGGUCAGCGAUGAGGACCCCUCCGCCGCAGCUGGCCCUGCAGGCGGCGCCCAGCACAGCGGGGAAGAGCGCGCCUGUGGGCGGCAGGGCCGCGGGGAGCCGCCGGGGCCAGCUGGGGCGCGGCGCGCGGCCUGGCGCCCUCGGCCACCCCGUGGCCGUGCUGCAGCAGCACCACGGAGCGCCGCGAGACCCCGAUCUUCGGCUCGCCGGGGACGAGCGCGCCGAGCGGGGCGGCGCCGAGCAGGGGCUCGUGGUCCUGCCGUGGGCUCUCGGCCUGAUCUCGGCGAGCCGCCGCAGCGCCUCCGUCGACGCGGUCGUGGACUACAGUUGGUCGUGGCUCAAGUGGUACAUGAUAAGGAGUACGCGACAGGAGCAGGCCCAGCGCGAGGCGGCGCAAGCGCCCCCCGCGCCCGCCGCGCCGCCCACGUGCGCGAGCGCCGAGUGGCUCCUGGGCGCCUGCUCCCUGGCGCCCCCGCAGCAGCCCGAGCAGUUGAAGCCCCGCCCGAGCUGUCCGCCGCCCGCCAGCGGCGAGGCGGGUUCCGAAUCGCGCCUCGGCGGCGCCGCCGCGGAGCGAGUCGUGGAGGACGUGUACGAGUGUUGCCAGGCCGUCAGGGUGCUGAGUAUGCGUGGCAUCGAAGGCGGCGAUUUCAACGUGGAGCUCGCAGUCCUAGCUAGUGGGCUGGCGCCAGGGAGACGCGGGGGACAGAUCGCCCUGCCAGCUGACUUCACGCUGGCACAGCCGAACCGCUCGGUUGUCCUGGAGUACUUUGCCCGCAGCCAUUCGCUCUGUUUCGGCGCGGCGAUCUGCGUCGCAGAUCUCGAAGCUGCAGCGCCGCCGCACCGCCCUGCGCCAGUUGGACUUGCCGAGGGCACGGGGGCCGCGCAUGUUCUGAGGGUGGCCCUUCUCACAAUACACAACGCCGCCGACAACUUCACGAUGAAGAUCAUGAACGAACACAACUUCGAGUUGGACAUCAUUGCCCAGACCAAGAUUGCGCACACAUGGAAGGACAUGGUUCAAUGGAAUAUUGAGAACCCUGUUACUAGAGCGUUUGUGGCUGCUGGAGAUUUCAAUGUCAAGUCAGGUCCUACACGUAGCUACACCGAUCCUGUUUCUCAGACAUUCACGCCAGGAACGCUGCCUGCUGUGACGGCUCGGGGCACUCAACCUUUGCAAGCGUUCUGGGAAAGACUCUUUGCGAUGGUUACGGAGAUCUCCACGGACUGCCCUACACAUUACUGCAGAGAUACGUCCACGGCGGCUACACUGGAUAGGUUCUUCAUUGCCACCCCAGCGUACUACAUGCUCGACGUUGAGGUGAUCGCGGAGGUGGAUAUUGAUGCUGCCGCCAUCUCGGACUCCAGGCUCAGCGACCACACGCCGAUCACCCUGCAUCUUAGGGAUCGAGCCCGCCAGAGUGAACAGACAGGCAUACCAGAGCACGUCCUUCGAGAUCCGCGCUAUGGUGAAAUUCUCGGUCAGCUUCUCGAUGCUGCACAACUACAUCGAUUUCCUGCGGUCUACCAGUGGAGAUGCAUGAAGGACUUCAUGUCUGAGGCGGCACGCCAAGUCCGCAAUGAGUUGCAGUGCAUGCCGAUUUCCGCCAAGGACCCUCGUGCCAAGGGGGGGCGCCUUAUCACGCUCCGAGCUAUCUCACGAUGUGUCUGGCGCAACGAUGUUGGCACCGCCUACAAGCUGAUGGCCACCACGGCCGACGGCGAGCGCUUCCUGACCGUCUCCAACGGCUGCGUCGAGCUCGGCGAGCGGCAGGAGUUCGGCGCCUUGAUGCGUGCCAUCAACUACGACUACCAGAUGAGGGAGGCCAGGCUUGCCGAAAGCAGGGCAUCCAAGGGGGACGGAGCGGUGAUCGAGGCGCUUCCUUGGUUCUGCAAGAGCUGCUGCGGGCCCUCGGGGAGACCGUGGUGGAAUCAUGCAGAGGCGCGGCAGUGUGCGAAGUGCAAGCUGGGCAAGGGACUGGUCUUCCACAGCGUGCGCCAGCCCGCGGCCCCCUCCCAGCGGAAGAAGGGCAAUCAGGGCGGCAGCGGCAACGGCUACUGGGACGACUCCGUCAAGGUGGCCAAGCUCAAGUCCGAGCUCGCCGAGGCCCGCAAGCGGCUUGCCGCUGUGCAGAGGCCGCCGCCUGGCGGGGAGGACGUGCAGAUGGAGCCGGCCGCGGACGGAGACGGCCCCGAGUCCGUCGCCAAGGACAGGCUACGCGAGGUCGGCGACCUCAUCGGCAAGCUCAAGGGCAUCACCGAGCCGUCGGUCGUGGCCACGCGCGACAAGCUGCUGGCCGAGCAGGCCGAGCUGCGGGCUAGGGUGGCGGAGUCCCGACCGCUCGGACAGCGCUUGCGCGAGAUGGGAACUCAGUUCACCAGGCUGCAGAAGCUGCGCGACGACCAGCAGACCAAGCUCGAUGGGCUGCAGGCGCAGUUGCGCGACCUGCAGGAGAAGGAACGGCUCACUCGGGACAAGCUGGCGGCCCUCGACGCUAGCAUGGAGGAGCUGGACCAGGAGCGCAAGAGGCUUCAAGGGCAGGUUCCGACGCCUGGCGACAAGGCGUCGCUCGACGAGCCGAUCAAGGGGGUUGGUGCCACGCUCGAGGGCCUCGGGAUCUUGCUCCAGAGCCUGGGCGCCGAUCACCAGCUGUCGGGCAGCCUCGCGGCGAGCUUCCAGGAGCUGCAGAGGUUGCAGGAGGAGGAGGCGGCAAAGUUGGCUGCCCAGAAGGCGCAGGCGGAUGCUGGGGCCGAGGCUGGUCCCGACGUUGAGCAGGCCGAGCGGCAGGACGACGCGGCAGCGCCUCGCACACCACAGCCAUCUGCCUUCUCCGACGACCCUGAGUUCAUGGAGGAAGUCGUUGCGGCUGGGGGCGAGAAGCACAGUAUCACCACCGUGAACGUGUCCUCGGGCGGCCCGCUCGUCGACUUCCUGCCCACGUGCUCGAGUUUAUGCAUCGCGGUGCAGGAACAUCAUGCCAAGGCCGAGGGCGAUGCUUUGGCGAAGUUGCAGAAUAAAGUAAGAGCUGCUGGGUACCAUGGUAUAUGGGAGCCCGCCCUACCUGGGCAGGGAGUUGGCAGCAGAGGCGGGGUUGCGGUGCUGGCCCCGCUGCGGGUGGUCAUCACCAAACCCCCAGGCCUGGACAGUCACGUGCUGCAGGAAGGCAGGAUGAUGGCGGCCCACGUCCACGCUGGGGUGAAGGGCGGCUUCGUCAUGCUGUCGUGCUAUUUCAUUGUGGACGUCAAGCUGUCGCCCGAGAACCUGGCCAUGCUGUACAAGCUGUACCAGUAUGUCAGGUCGCUGGAGGCCAUGGGUGUUCCGUGGAUCGUAGGAGGCGACUUCAACAUGGAGGUAGGCGAGCUCGGCCCGUUGUCCUGGCUCCAGUCGGCCAAUGGCGUGGUGCUGGCGCCGAGAGAGCCGACUUGUCUUCAGAGCCUUCCUGGCCGCACCAUUGACAUGUUCAUGGUUUCUUGCCGUUUGCUGCCUCGCGUUCGGCAACCAGUGGUCGUCGACGCGGAGACGUGGCCGCAUCUACCAGUGACCAUGGAGCUCUCCGCCACGGCUUUUGACGCGAAGGUCAGGAGGCUUGUCGAGCCACGCGGCUUUCGGAGGCCGCCUGCGGCGGGGUGCGCGAGGUUCCCCCCCGACUGGGACCCGACCUUGGCGAUCAUCCAGAGCGCGUCGCACAGCGAGGGCAUCACCAGGGCCUGGGACGUCGUGCUCAGCGGCAUCGAGUUCGAGCUGCGGGGCCGCUACGACGUCGUGAAGGACGUGGCGGGGUACUCCACGGUGCCAGGCCCCCCGACCUUCGAGCUGGCGAGUUUUCACCCUGUCGUGAAAGGUGCCUGGAGCAGGAGGUCGGCGGACACCCAGGCCUGGGCGCAGGCUGCGCGCUGGGCUCGUCACCUCAGGAGGGUUCGAGUGGCCUUGCAGAGCUUCGUGCUCCAGCUACGCCCGCAGCAGGUCUUCGAGCUCGGCAGCGUCGGCGAGGCGCACGUCGACGGUGUGCCUGGCCUGGGCGAUGGGGCACCCCCUGCUGCGGAGGACCUAUCGUGGGACGCCGUGCACUCCAAGGCGGCGCGCCACCUGCUGGAGUGCGAGAAUUUCUUCCAGAGAAUCUGGCGGAGGAAGGGAGUCUGGCCGCACCUGGACGCCGAAGCCGUCGGCUUCUUCUCGCGUGGCAUACUUGCCUUAGCGCAGGCAGACUUCGAGCAGCAGGUCGACCGCAUCCUGAGUAUCUCCUCCGAUGCUGAGGCCAAGCAUGAGAAGGCCGUGAUGCAGAGCUGGAGGCAGUGGGCGCAGGCAGCUUUUGCGGCUGGAGCCAAGGGAGCUCACCGAUUCAUGAAGCCCAAGGCUCUCCAGGAGAUCGUGGUUCAGCCCAAGGACUUGGUGGACGACGUCGCGCUGUGCUGGGUCGGCAACGACCCGAGCGGGGUGCGAGAAAUGGCCAUUGCCACUCGUGCUUUCUGCAGGGCUGUCCGGCCCCUCGGGCUGGUGCUGCAGAUGGAUAAGUCUGGGCACCUUACGACGUCCAGGCGCACCAGCUACCACUUUCAGAAGUACGCCAGGCUGCUGAAGAUCGCUGGCAAGAGGCACAUGCGGUAUCUUGGCCACGACCUAGCUGGGUCGUCGGCCACAAGGGCCGUGCAGAAGGGACGCCUGAAGGCCAUGCACGGAAAGAAGGCCAGCGUUCGAGCACUGCAGAAGGGAGCAGGACGACAGCGGGCGGCUCGGCUCUGGGCCACGGGUGUGCUGCCAUCCGUGGGGCACGGAGCCACGGUCAGCGGCAUCAGCGACACGGAGCUGCAGCAGAUGAGGACCAUGGCUGGCGUCUUCUGUGGCUACAAAGGGUCGGGCUCCCUGACGCUGUACCUGGCCGCGCAGCAGUGGAGCUUCGACCCCAUAUUCCACGCUACCUUCAGCAUCGUGGGGCAGUACGCGGCGUGGGUGUGGGAUGGGCGUGUGACGCUCUCCCGACUGCAGCGGGCCUGGAUGGGCUUGCGUGACUCCUGGGAAGCCCGCCACACUCACGUCACGUGGGCCAGUGCGCAGGGCCCGCUUUCGGCCUUGUGGUUGUCCCUCAGGAGAGUCAACUGGAACAUGGCAAGUUCUACAAUCUUGGUUGACGAUGAGGGCCUGCAUAUCAGUUUGCUGCAGUAUUGUCCCAGUGAGGUGCUGUUUUUCCUGCGUCGCAGCCUCGACCGUUGGCAGAGCCAUCGUAUCCUCGACCAGCUGCCUGAGGCGCCCCCAGCCGAUGGUGACGGCAGGCGGCAGCAGCAUGUGUGGCUUCGUGCGCUUCGACUGGGACACGCCUCCUUGGCGCCUGGCCACAGAGGGGCUCUGGCCAAGCUGCAGUCCAACGGGUUCUGGUCGCCGCAGCGCCGCAUGCAGGCUGGCUACGGCGGCGACGGUUCGUGCGAGUUCUGCGGGGAGGCCUGCUGCGACCUCGAGCAUGAGAUCUUCGGCUGCACGGUAUUGCAUCAGCAGCAGGAGGACGAGGAGACGGAGCCGUACCCCGAGGAGGUGGCCAAGAGGAGGAAGGACAUCCUGGAGGCAGCCCCGUGGCGCGACGGGGGCCAGGUGCAGGACUUCUCGGCCGUCGACGUGCUCUACGCGCUGCCCCUGAGGCCUGCUUUCAGGCCGCUGCCUGCACGUGCUCAGGCUGAGCGCGAGUGGGGGGCGAUCGACAUGCCGUGGCCGUCGAAGUUGUACGGGGACGGGUCCUGUCUUGAAAGUGAUUUCCCUGAGGAACGGCGCUGUGGCUGGGCCGUCGUAGCAUUGACCCGAGACCUGUGGCCAUACAAAGCUUUGUUCGGGAGCCUGGGGGGCCCUAUCCAGACGGUGCCCAGGGCCGAGCGCGUUGCUGGUCUCAAGGCCCUGCAGAGGGCCCAGAGGCCAGCCACGUACGUGACUGAUCAUUUACAGCUGCAGGUCGAGGGAAUGGCCUGGGAGGGUCGUCAUGCUUCUGCCAGAGCGCCUCACGCGUCCAUCUGGCGGAGCAUCCACGAGCUGUAUAGAGGCGACCCUGUCAGGGGCCUGCAUCCCAAGACGGGCGAGCCCCUCGAGCCGCUCGUCUUCUCGGAGCUCGGGGUGCCUGCGAUGCCGCAGCAGGCGCCCGAGCCCGAGGUCGCUGGCCGUUUACACGGCAUCCUCAAGUUGGCGGGCCAGUUGUUCAGCGCACGUGCCAACCGCCUGGGGCCCCCGAUCGUUCGCGUUCGGCCCCGGGAAGUUGAGGGCGGGGCACAGUGGGUUUCCAGCCAGUACGCCCGCGCUUUCACGGGGGAGGUGGCGAACCUGGGGGGCGGACUGCUCGACGGGCCCCAAGUGAUCGACGGCGCCCGAAACAAGAUCCACAACGGGGAGUCUGCACCAGGAAAGGCGCCCACACAGCCCCCCUCGCCGGCAGGAAGGAACAGUCGCUGGACGAAGGUCCACAGGAGGAUGCCCGAUGUCUGGACUCAGAGGGGCGAAGCUGGACCAAGAGCCGACUUGCUCUUCGCGGGCCAGAAGCCGAGCGCCACGCGCGUGGGCGACGUGGCGGGUUCGAGCCCCGAGGAGGCGCAGCACAAGUCGGCGUCCGACACCCCUGUCUGCCUGACGGACUCCCCGCCAGAGCUGGUAGGAAGGAGAUUCACCCAGGACCUCCACAGGACGUCUCUUGAUGCCAGCGUCUACAAGCUGAUCCAGCUCGCCCUGUUCUGCGAGUUCCGCCGUGCUGUGGAUUCGCUCUGGAACCGCAUUUGGACUUGCCCCCGCAUAGACACGGCGAGACUCGAGCUCGACCAGGACCUUCAGGAGGCCAUCGCACCAGGAGAUCCAGACCCGCUGUUCAACUGUGCGCUGCCAGAGGUGGAGCUGCCAGAGGUGGAGCUGGAACCCCCAACCACCGACACUGUGCGCUACAGUGACCAGGGCGGGGCCACGGACCCGCGUCCCCACACUGCAGCGCUUGAAGAGCACCGCGGGCUCAUGCACGCGGUGGAGCACCUGGACCAGAGCCCCCCAGAAGAAGUGGAUGCCGACGUGAGCAUUGUCGUGGAGUGCUCUGCUCUCAUGCGGGGUGCCAGGGGCCAGCUGAAGGCUCCGCUAGCUCGCUCCGCGCGGCCGGGGCCCACGGCCACGGGCCUCUUGUGCGUCCGUUUCUGCAGCAGGCCACAUGCGCGCCUGCGUGCUGUCUGGAUCUUCAUCUCGGGCCGAGACCCCCAGGCGCUGACUGACUUCCGGGCGUGCCUGCUCUGUCUGUGCUUCCUGGGCUGGCAAAAGUGCCAUGCGAGAAACUGCGAUGGCCUUGCUAAUCCCUCCAUGUUGCUCGGGCGCUGGCUGCUCGUGCGCAAGAGCCCCAGGCAUAAGGGCAAGGACGAGGCGCGCAGCUCCCUCCUCGAAGCACACCCGCAGGUUGUGCUGAUGAAGAGCGAGGUGCCGGACGAGGCCUCGGUGCUGCUUUCGGGGUCGGGGCUCGUGCAGAGGGCGGCCGACACUCGGGACGCCGGGCAGCAGGCCGAGGUGCACUGCCCGGCAGACGGGCGCGCACUGCCCAGGGGCGAGGAGCGCACGGAGCUCCGGAUGUGUCAUGCUCGUGCAGCUGAGCUCGUGUUCCGGGAGGCGUGCGACGGCCACCCGAUGGAAAGGGCUUACUCUGAAAACGGCAUGGGCGGCAUGGCCACCAGCGCGUCAGGGUCGCAAUCCUGCAAGGCAGACGUCACUGUGGACUUCGGCACCGACCUCCGGACUGCGCCAGAGCCGGCCACCGACCGUCGCGGGAGCAUGCCGAGGAACGUGGCAAGGACGAGGCCUCCGUCAGCGUCUCGUCGAAAGCCCGCGGGGCGCUCUGGGCUGGGCCCGGCGGCGCCGGGCCUGCCCUCACAGCGGCUCCCGCCGCAGGCUGCUCAGCAGAGCACCUGGGAGGCACUCCUUGCAGCCGCCCUGCGCGUGCGCAAGCCGAUGGCCUCUGUAGAGGACGCCUGCCACGGCCGCAGGUGGAAGUCAGUGGUGCCAGCGCUGUGCAGAAGCUCGGCCUCGGGAUCAACAGAUAUCCCGCGUGAGCGAGCCUCGUUCCAGCUCCCUCGCCAUGAAGACUUCCAAUUACACGAGAUGCAGGCCGAGUCCGCGCGGGAGCCCCCUGGCGCAGCGGGCCCCCUGCGCGCCGGGGAGCUGCAGCGUGGCGGCGGGGCGGCAGACGCGCCCUGCCUGGUGGCGCGAAGGGAGACGUGGCUGCCGCAGCGGGGGCCCCUGGCCGGCCCCGGCCGGCUCCGAGCGGCCGCAGGCACAAAGUACGGCAAGUGCACCCUGGCUGUGCGGCGCUCCUCCGAGAAGCCGGAGAAGAGAGAGGCCGCCACGGCGACAGCGGGCGCGGCGAAGGCGAAGAAGAAGAAGGCAAAGAAGACAGGGCAGAAGCGCCAGAGCGCCGCGGAGCCGCCGCCGAAGGAGUACGAGGUCAUCAUCAAGGGCCUGCCCUUCUCGACGAAGGAGGCGACCCUCAAGGAAAAGCUGGCCGACUGCGGGGACAUCGAGUCGGUCCGGCUGCCCGUGAACAAGAGGGGUCGGGCUUUGGGCUUCGCCUUUGUCGCGUUCCAGGCAAAGAAAGGCCUGAAGAGGGCACUGAAGCUCAACGGCUCCGACCUGGGCGGCGGCCCCGUCACCGUCGAGCAGACCGUGGAGCGGGAGGCGCCCGCGGGCGCCGACGCGCCCGCCCAGCAGAAGGCGGGGAAGGCGGCCCCGGAGGCCGGCGCCGCGGAGGCGGCGCCCGCGGACGCCCCCGCCCCCGCCCAGAAGAAGGCGCGGAAGGCGGCCCCGGAGGCCGACGCCGCGGAGGCGGCGGUGGACGCGGCCGAAGGGCCAAGCCAGAAGGAGAAGGCUCGCGAGGAGAAGAAACGGCGCAUGGAAGAGUUCUCCAAGGAGGAGAUCAUAGCGCGGACGAAGGCUAACAGGGAGAAGGCCAAGGCCAACCGGGAGAAGUUCAAGAAGGAAAAGGCGGCCGCAGGAGGAGGCGACACCUGA